ACAUGUCCGCGCCAGGAUACCGUGUCCAAGCUCGCCGCGGCGAUGGACUCCGAAAACGCCGUUCUCGUGCGUGGCACCCCAGCCACCGGGAAAACGGUCCUGUGCCAAUUGCUCCGGGAAUACUACCUCGACCACAAUCGCAACGUGUAUCUCCUCCCUGUAUGGGGGCGCCAAGAAGCACCCCCCGGAUCCCCUUGGACUCAGUUCGGCUGGCGCCUGCGACAACGAGAUCCUGAGUUCGAUCCAACAUGGGCAUCGGUUCCUGCCAAGACGGUGAUUCUGAUCGACGAGGCUCAGGGUUCCUACCGCGACAUGAACUUCUGGAAUACGGUCAUCAAGGACGUGCAAUCUGGGCUUCGCCUGGGAGAUAUCAAGAUCUGCCUUUUCGCAUACUAUGGACACCCUGUGACCGGCGUGGAUUGGAGGGACCUGGACUAUGCAUAUACUCCGACGACGUUUGGUAUCGCGUCGCAUAUCACACUGGCCCCUCGACCUGGCCUGUACUCGGUUUAAAAUUGGCU